GUCCGGCAUCGGGAGUCCGGACACCGGGACACUGGGAACCCGGGAAACGCGCUUCACCUCAGCAGGACUCGGAGCCGCUCACGCCUCACUCUGGCUGUAACUCAGGAGCGGCCGAGGGGCAGCCACAGCGAGGAGCAUGGAGUCCGCGGGCCGCUCGGUGCUGGAUGUGGAGGUUCAGGAUGUGGAGAAGAGGAGGAGCCCCAGCAAACACUAUGUUUAUAUUAUUCAAGUAAACUGGUCGGAUAAUGACUCCAAUAUCAUCUACAGACGGUACAGCAAGUUUUUCGACCUGCAGAUGCAGCUGCUGGAUAAGUUCCCUGUUGAAGGAGGGCAGAAAGACCCCAAACUCCGUUGCAUCCCUUUUUUGCCCGGUAAAAUCCUGUUCAGAAGGAGCCAUGUAAGGGAUGUGGCUUUGAAGAGACUGAAGCCCAUUGAUGAAUACUGCAGGGCUCUCAUCCGACUUCCCCCCCUAAUCUCAGAAUGUGAAGAAGUGCUCCAUUUUUUCCAAGUUCGGCCAGAUGAUCUGAACCCACCAAAGGAAGAAUGUGGAGCCAUAAAGAAGAAAACAGGCUCCGACACGGUGGUGGAGCCCAUGGUGCUGGAGCAGUAUGUGGUGGUUGCCAACUAUGAGAAGCAGGAGAACUCGGAGAUCAGCCUGAAGGCUGGGGAAGUGGUGGAUGUUAUUGAAAAGAGCGAGAGUGGUUGGUGGUUUGUGAGCACUGUGGAGGAGCAGGGCUGGGUCCCAGCCACGUACCUGGAGUCGCAGAAUGGAACUCGAGAUGACCUCGACAUCAGCACUACACGAGCUGGAGAAGUCACUAAGAGACGCAAGGCUCACUUGCGUCGUCUGGACCGCCGAUGGACUCUGGGAGGAAUGUGUAACCGCCAACAAAGUCGAGAAGAGAAGUACAUCACGGUGCAGCCAUACACCAACCAGGGCAAGGAUGAAAUUGGCUUCGAGAAAGGUGUGAUGGUGGAGGUGAUACAGAAGAACCUGGAGGGCUGGUGGUUCAUCAGAUAUCAAGGCAAAGAGGGCUGGGCACCAGCCUCAUACUUGCGCAAAGCCAAAGAUGAACUGUCUCCAAGGAAGAAGACUCUGACUGGCCCAGUGGAGAUUAUUGGCAACAUCAUGGAGAUCAGCAACUUACUGAACAAGAAGCCACAGGUGGAGAGCGAGUGUAGCCUGGCUGAACACACCCCUCUCACCGCCAAGGAAAUCAGCCUCCCACUGGCCUGCGAGCACAGUAACGGUGAUGUGAGUGUGAGUGCGGCUGUGAGCACAGAGAGGAGACUGGGCAGAGGAGUGCCAGGCUCCCCGGCUGUUGCCCGUAUCGCCCCUCAGAGAGCUGAGAUAGGUUCCCCAAACCUAAGGCAGAAGCCACCACCACGGAGAGAAGCCAGCCUGGGUUUCCAGCUCCCCAAGCCGCCAGCGCCCCCUGCUGUGGAGGUGGAAUACUACACCAUCGCAGAGUUCCAGUCACACAUCUCGGAUGGCAUCAGUUUCCGUGGAGGACAGAAGGCUGAGGUAAUUGAGAAAAAUUCAGGAGGUUGGUGGUACGUCCAGAUUGGACCAGCCGAAGGCUGGGCUCCAUCCUCCUACAUAGACAAGAGAAAGAAACCCAACCUCUCCAGAAGAAGCAGCACCUUAAUCCGACCUAAGAUUCCCCCUCCAGCCCCACCAACCAAAGGCAAACCAAAUGUCCAAGAACCGGCACCAGGCCCUGAGGCCGCAGACCUACAGCAAAGACCAAAGUUUGAGGAACCAGAGUACGAUAUACCCUCUUCCCUCUUCGAGCCUGAGCCUUUGGAGGUGAUGAAGCCAGAUUCCCCAGAGAAGGCAGACUCCAGCCAGGAGCCAACCAAAGCUUGUCACUUGCUUUCCCUGAGGAGAUCUGGACUCACCAUGAGGGGCGAGGCAGACUGCCCUGCUUCCAACCAACAAUUCAUGUCUUCGCCAAGUAAUGAGAAUACUAAUGAGGAAGCAAAGAGCUGUGAUUCUCCUCCCAUCACUCAAGUGGUAGCUCCACUGUCUCUAGCCGAGGCAGGAUCCUCACCAAAACAGUCUUUGAAAAACACCAAAGUGCUGCCUGAGAAAAGAAUGGUGACUGAUGUCAGAAAGGAGCAGAGUGGUGAGAUUAGUGGAGAAAGUUUCUCCAAAUCCAGUUGUGAGAUAAUUGCCUGCACUAUACAGAAAGCUGGGCCAAAGACCAAGGAGGGAUGUGAGCGGACCCCACGCACAGAACACAAGGUUGCUCCCAGCCCUAUCCUCAGGGCAAAGCCUUCUGUCAGACCAAAGCCUUUACUGGUGAAACCAGAAGCACAAAACCUCAAUAUCGGCUCCAUCAGACGACACCUAAGACCCACGGGACAGCUUAAACACAAGGGGACAAAGGGGGACGAUUCAGAAACCACCUCCCUGGCAUCCUCUGAUAAUUCUGAGGACUCAGGUACUGGAGAUCUACCCCCAAACUCACCCGGGAGCCAGGCGGGCCUGAGCAUGGCCGCUCUCGUUGAGCGGGAGCCAGAGUCUCUGUGCCAGUACCGCUCUGUGGACAAAUAUGAGAAGGUUCAGGACAAUGAGAUCAGCUUCCCGGCUGGAGUCCUGGUGGAGGUGCUGGAGAAGCAGGACAGCGGGUGGUGGUUUAUCCGAGUGUCUGGCUCUGAGGGAUGGGCUCCUUCCUUCUUUCUGGAAGCUGUGGGUGGCGAGUCUGGGGGGAGCUUGGUCGCUUCUGAAACAUUCACUGUAGAGAAAUCAGGGAAUGAGAAACAACUGAGUAGCUUGGAGAAGAUAGACAAGAAGGUACAGGCACUAAACAGCAUCAACCUAAACCGAAAGCGAGCCACACCACCAAUCCCGGCCAAACCUCCAGGAGGCUUCACCAGACAGGGGGGCGCUGUCAACGGAACAGUCAAACUGAGGAAUGGACUAAAGCAGGUGGUGGUGAGGCCCCAGUCAGUCUUUGUUUCACCCUCAAGCAACGAAAAUCACCACCUCAGUGGUUCGCUGCGGAGGAAUGAGUCCAUGACCUGCCCUGACAAAGUGAGAUCCACAAUCAGCAUCCGCCGCCACGCCUCCUUCAACAGCGUGCGCUUGUGUAAGCCAGGGGCUGACUCUGCCCAGUCUCUGACACCUCCAGCUCUCAGCCAAGUCAGAGUCAAACCUACGGAGCACUUGGGCGUUGUCGGGUCGGAUCCCAUUGGCAGGACAUCGCACAGAAACGGAAUUCCUGUGUCCACUGUGAAACCCAAGCCUGCCUGUGUCCAGGAGCAAGCGACAACCAUCAUCAGCGGCUGCAAAGAGCUGUACGUGGCCAUCGCAGACUACGAGGGUGACCAGAAGACCAUGGGCUUUCAGGAGGGCAGCUUAGUGGAGGUGCUGGAGAGAAAUGCCAAUGGCUGGUGGUAUUGUCACAUAGUGGACAGUGGGUGCUCGCUGAAGGGCUGGGUGCCUUCCAAUUAUUUAGAAAAAAAGAACUAAUUUCUGUUUUCUACAUCUCUAAUUUAUAGUACAAUUUCCGCAAGACUGCCAUAUAAUAAAUGUGGCUAUAUCCCAAGUGCUGGAUUGCUAAAGCUUGUGUAUAACGUUAGGACUGUCAGAAAGAAGGAGCUGAGGUGGGGGAGCUCUGUUGUGACCCGAGGCUCCAGGGCAGGGCCUGGUCCCUGAGUGACUGUUUACAGCUGGACAGAGGCAAGUUGCACUUCGCAAAUGCAACAACCUUACUCAAAAGCCGGAUCUUUGAGCAGAGUGUGAUUUUUUAAUAUUAAUUAUUAUUAUGCCUCACAAUUAUAUAUUUACCAUGUAAGUGGUCGGAUUU